AUGACUACUAUCGACCCCACCGUCGCAAAAGUUUUGGACAAAGACCGUUCAGAAGAUGAAGACGGCGAUGAAGACACCCUUCUGGAAGAACUCGAAUCAGACACCGCAGCUCUAGACGCCUUCCGCGAGAAGCGCAUGCAGCAACUGCACGACGAGUACCACUCCCUCCCUCCCCCUUCUACUUCUCUCAUCCUCUCUCUCAAUGCUAACAAAUAACAUCCAGACUCCACCGCGCUCGCAAAAUGCAAUCCCUCUCUCACGGCGCCUACAGCCCGGCCACGAACGAGCGCGAAGUGUUAACGCACACCACCUCAACUAAAUUCAGCGUAGUGCACUUCUUCCACAAGGAUUUCAACCGCUGCAAGAUCAUGGACUCGCACUUGGAGGUGCUGGCGCGGAAGCACUUUGACACCAAAUUCGCCAGCAUCGACGUCGAGAAGGCGCCCUUCCUCGUGGAGCGCUUGAAGGUUCGGGUGCUGCCGUGUGUGAUCGCUUUCAUAGAUGGGAAGAGCGUGGAUCGGAUCGAGGGCUUUGCCGAGCUGGGGAAUACGGAUGGGUUUAGUACCAAGAUGCUCGAGCUGAGGCUGUUGGCUUGUGGGGUUUUGGUGAGGGAGAAGGUUGAUGAGGAUGCUGGUGGGGUUGGUGGCGGUACUGGGAGUGGGGGAAAGAAUGCGGAAAGUGAUGAUGACGAUUGGGAUUAG